UCUAUGCAUUUGGGCGUUGGACUCUGCAUGUUAUUAGCGCUCAGGGAGAUUUCUCCAUUUUCCUCCUUGUCGAAGAGCAAAAGCUACAAAUCUAGGAUCUUUUUUAUUAUCAUUGCAACGUGGCCUUUUCCCCCUUCGUUUUUUUUUUGUUUUUUUUGGUCGUUUUGCAUAGAAUUUGUUGCAGGGAACUUAAACUUUUUUUUUCUCGGGGUGUGAUUCCGGCUCUUUUUUUUCUCCACUCCUCCUUCUGUCUGCCCGUCCCUGUGUGUGUGUGUGUGUGUGUGUGUGUGUGCAGCAUUGAAAAGCCAGGCGUCUUUGUUCGCUUUCUUUCUUUCGCUGGCUCGGAGUUUCUUUGUUGUACAAGCAUGGGAGCCCAAUUUUCCAAGACCGCUGCAAAUCGUGAAACUGUUGCUGAAAAAGCAGGGGAAGCUGCAGCUGGAUCGCCUUCUAAAACCAACGGCCAGGAGAAUGGCCAUGUGAAGGUGAAUGGAGACGCAGCCGCUGCUGCUGCCGCCGCCGAGCCCAUUGAGAAAGAGGAGCUUCAGGCCAAUGGUGCCACCCCGGCCGAGGAGAGCAAAGAGGAGGAGGAGGUGGCGGCGGAGGAGGAGGCGGCGGCGGCGGCGGCGGCCGCUGAACCGGCCAGCGGCGGCAGCACCCCAGCUGCGGCCAAGCCUCAGGAGACUAAUGGGGAGACGGUAGAGACCAGCUCCCCGGCCGAGGGAGAGCCCGCCAGUAAAAGCGAGGAGGCGGCGGCGGCGGCCGCCUCCACCACCGCCGCCAGCCCGGCUAACAACGAAACCCCGAAGAAAAAGAAGAAGCGCUUCUCUUUCAAGAAGUCUUUCAAGCUCAGCGGCUUCUCCUUUAAGAAAGCCAAGAAAGAGAGCGGGGAAAACGCCGAGAACGAAGCAGGAGCCGCCGCCGCUGCUGCUCCUGCUGCCUCUGGGGAAGAGAAGGAACAAGGCGCCACCGCUGCUACAGGGGAGGCCACUCAGGCAGAGGAGCCCAAGUCCAGUCAGGAAGGAGAUGCUGCUCCUGUGUCAGCCGCCGCCAACUCGGAGGAAAAGAAAGAGGAGACCAGCACCUCGCAAGAAGAAAAAGCUGAAGAGAAGGCUCCUGAAAGCGCGGGUGUACAAGAAGCCAAAUCUCCAGAUGAGCCCAAAGCCAAUGAAGAAAAACCCACCGCAGAGCAAGCUUCGUCUAACCCAGCUCCAAAUGCUGAAGCCUCUACAACUGAGCAAGAGGCACCAGCACCAGCAGCCGUCCAAGAGCCACCAGCAGCACCAGAGCCAGCUGUACCACAGGAGGUACCAUCUGAAUCCAGUCCAGCACCACCCACUACCGACUCAGCAGAGUAAACGGAAAAGCCCAAAACUGGAGUGAUAAUCAAAGGACCUUUUUCCAUGUUUGUUUGUUGGAGUGGUGCCAGGUACUGGUUUGGAAAACUGUCUAACCAGGGAUUUUAAAGGCAUUUUUAUUUUUUAAAAAAAAUCCCAUUGCAUUCAUUCUGUUACCACCAUUCCAACAGGCAGAGAUGAGCCCUGAAUCUCGCUCUGUCAUUUUUUUUUGCAUCAGUAUUACUGUUUUUGCAUAUUUUGCAUCAUUUUAUACAAAAGUUUAAACUUUUUUGGUCAAUAUAUGGACACGUCCAAUGGUGUGGAUAAUCUGGGUGGGUAAAUCCUGGGUAAAAUGUAAAUGAAGUAAUAUUGGAACCACAGUGCAGUGGUGUAGUUGCCAAGUAAAUGUGCCACAAACUAAUGUAAAGGAUUAGUCUUUUUAAAAAAAAAAUAAAAUUACAAAUCUUACAAAAGUAAUCCAUACAGUUUACAACACUAAGUCUUGAACACAAGAAAGCAAGGAAAUCCGUGUCAGAAAAUCAAUAGUUUUAGUAAUACAUUUAAAUCAUAGAAACUUUUCACUUAUCUCAUUUUUAGCUGUACAAGUCAAGUGAUAUGUAGAAGAAAAAAAAACAAGUUGUAUAGGCGUUAUUGUUUAUUGCUGGUUCAUGACCUUAAAGUGUAAUUAUGUAUUACAGCAGGGUGUUUUUAACUGUGAUUAUGUAUAAAUGAAAACUUAAUAUCAAGAAGCACAUGAAGUUUGCAACUCUUCACCCUGCCCAUUUUGUAAAAUUGCAGUCAUCUUGGAAGAUCUUUUAAACAAUUUUAAAUGAAAAGCUGUGAUAAGUGGAAUGGUUGCUGUUUAUAUACUGUUGUAUGUUUGGUUACAGCAGUUAAUGCUUUUUUUCAGUCGUCUUUGACAAUUGGGAAAACUCUUCAGAUGCAAUGCGUUUUGUGUAGCAUCUUGUCUAUCAUGGUUUUUUGUAAAUACUGGAGAAGCUUUGACCAAUUUGACUUAGAAAUGGAAUGUAACUUUGCUUACAAAAUUGCUAUUAAACUUCUCUGCUUAAGGUGUUCUAAUUUUCUGUGAGCACACUAAAAGCGAAAAAAUAAAUGUGAAUAAAGUUU